AUGUCUUUGCCCACCACCACCGAUGUCGUGCUCGUCGACACCAUCCAGCUCACGGCAAACAUCGGCGCAGAUUGCUGGGGACGCUUACGCGAACAGCCCGUCUCUAUCACCGUCCACCUGCAUCUCAAGCCCUCCUUCCUUGAGAUCUCCGGCCAGUCUGACAAUGUCCUAGACUCCAUCCACUAUGGUCAUCUCACCAAAGCUGUCUCAGCACUCUCGGCAUCUUAUACUGAUGUUCGUGCACUCGUGCAUGAGGUCACUCAUAAAGCGUUCGCUCUGGCUGGAGAGAAUGUGGACGCCGUGCGCGUCGUCGUCGGCCUUCCGAAACAGAUUUUACUUGCGAACGACUUUGAGAUUGAGGUGAUUACACCGAGGGGCAAAGACAGUUUGCAGCAGGCUGCAAAGGUGUCUGUCAAAGACCUUGUCAUGCCCGUGCUGAUUGGUGUCAAUCCCCCCGAACGCCUCGCAAAGCAGAGGGUGAUCACGAACAUUACAUUCUAUGAGAAAGCUGGUAUGCACAAAGAAAUCGAAAACACUGCGUACCUCACGCUCGAGAAAUUCGUUCUACACAUCGUCCGCAGCUCAUGCCUCGCAUCUGAUGCUAUCGAAGCUGUAACAACACGAUCACAGAAGCCCAGUGCACUGUCUUUCGCUCACUCUUCUGGUGUCGAGAUGACCCGGUACCGCGAUGGGUUCCAAGGAUUGCAGUAAACCCGUGUAGGAAAUGUGUGUAACCGAUCUCGGGUAGCAUGACCCACAUACUCAUGCAUGUCUGAACAGCCAACAUGAAGGCGGGUAUUGAAACGUGAUCGUUGAUUACCUCAACGCUAGUAAGGUAUAUUAUCCCAAACUGUUGCAUGCAUGAUUGAUUACAUUAUUCUUCUGAAGAGCGCAAAUUUGAAAAAUACAAGACCGGGUUUUUCAAAGCAAACAUCACGAACUCUCGCUGAUCUUAUAGGCGAUAUGGAAGGAGGAAGCAUUGAAACAGCCAGAUUCAAGCACCGCAAAUCACAACAGCAUUUCCGUCGAUUAAACAUCUACACAUACCAUUUCUGAUGCGCUGAAAUGUAGUGAGAGGGCUAGCCAACUUAGAGCUCCUCCGGCGAUAGAAUAAGGCACUCGAGUUUCCUUUUGCCACCUCCAGGACAG